AUGAGUGUUAGUGGGAGUCAUAAACGGCAUUCACGUAACUCUUUUGUGUCAGUUCGCUAUAUACCAACUGAUGAAGAAGAAGAACUUCAUCGUCAAACUGAAGCACAAAAUUUACGAGUCUCCUUACAUCAAAUUAAAAACAUUGAAACAAUUCUUAAUCUUGUCGAAAAUUUUAAUCGACAUUUACAUUUAACAUUGAUGGUUGAUCGGUUUCAUUCAAGUUAUCAAGAAUAUUAUUUAGCAUUGUCACAAGCUUUAAGAGAUAUUCUUGCUAAAAAUUGGAUUCGUACACAGCAAUUUUAUCAAAUGACAGGCAGUAAACGAGUAUAUUAUCUUAGUUUAGAGUUUUAUAUUGGACGAUAUAUGAGAAAUACAUUGAUUAAUCUUGAUAUUAAUGAACAAAUGAUACAAGCAGCUGAAGCACUUAAUAUUAAAUUAAAUGAUAUUGAAGAACUUGAAGAUGAUGCUGCAUUAGGUAAUGGUGGUCUUGGUCGUUUAGCAGCUUGUUUUCUUGAUUCAAUGGCUACAUUGGGUAUUCCAUCCUAUGGAUAUGGAUUAAGAUAUCAAUUUGGAAUAUUUAAACAACAAAUUGUUGACGGUUGGCAAGUAGAAGUACCAGAUGAUUGGCUUCGACAACCAAUGCCUUGGGAAAUUCGACGAGUUCAAAAUGAAAUUCGUAUUCAUUUUUAUGGAAAAGUUAUUUGGAAUGAAUUCAUUAAUAACUUUCAAUGGACUGACUAUGAAACAGUAAUUGCUCAAGCUUACGAUUAUCCUGUACCUGGUUAUAAAAACAAUAUUGUCAAUACAAUGCGUCUAUUUUCUGCUAGAGCUGAUUGUGAUUUUAAUUUUAAAUCGUUCAAUGAAGGUGAAUACAUACAUGCAGUAAUGGAACGUAACAAAGCUGAACGUAUUACUUGUGUAUUAUAUCCUAAUGAUAAUAUUGCUGAAGGACGUGAAUUACGUUUAAAACAAGAAUAUUUCUUAAUUGCUGCUAGUUUACAUGAUAUUUUACGUCGAUUUAAAAGUGAAAAACGUUGGCAAACAUCAUCAAAUAAAGAAAUAAAAAACAAUACUUUACAAUUACCAGAAGCAAAAUCAAAUCAAAAAUCAGUUUCAUCUAUAUUUGUUGAUUUUAAAUGUAUGCACGACAUGAUAGCUAUUCAAUUAAAUGAUACUCAUCCAUCAUUAGCUAUACCUGAAAUGAUGCGUCUUCUUCUUGAUAAUGAACAUUUAUCAUGGGAUGAUGCAUGGUAUAUAACAGUCAAUUGUUUUGCAUAUACAAAUCAUACAUUAAUGCCUGAAGCAAUUGAACGAUGGCCAGUUCAGAUGAUUGAAAGUUUGUUUACAACGAAUAAUAUGCGAUACAAAAGAAAUGAAAGCAUUAUUGAGUAGUGUUUUCGAUAAAAUUAAAGCAUUGAAUUUUU